CUAUUACAAAAUUGCCUGGUAACAUUUUACUAAUAAGUCAACAAUCCCGAGUGUACCGACUGUCACGUCUGUCACUCAGAGAGCUACUUUCACUAUGACGUUAAUUUUGUUUAUUUUUUGCAGCUGAACGAUUAACCCCUAAGAACUAAGCCCCUUAACAAUGAGCCAAAGAUAAUCUAUUAAAUUAAGUCUACAUCACCACCAUGAGCAUCCAUGAAAAGUUGAAAAGCCUCGUGAAGUAUUUAAAAUUCGCUACAAUUGCCAGCAGUAGUGCUUUCUUUGUUUAUUACCAAAUUGGACAAUCCUGUAAAUCAAUAGAGAAAAUUGUAAAUCCUAAAGUAUUCGACAGAGAGAAGAAGCAUGUAGCCGAAUAUAUCUAUGUGGAUGAUCCAUCUUACAACAGAAACUUCCAGGUUGAAUAUGAUAAGGCUGCUCGGCAAUCAGUCGGUCUAGCCCGCAUUUGGAAGAGCUUAAAGCAUUCUUUAGCAUGGAGACUCUUGUGGUUAUGUCGACACGGAAAUAAAGAUCAGCGGAAUAUAGCACUAGAACAGCUAGCUGCAUUCAAAAACAACAAGAUAUGGGAUUGCUGUAAGCUUGCUCAAGCUAUAGAUAAAAAUACAGCAGUGUUACUCGCCCGGACGCGAGGCGCAGACUUGCGAUAUUUUCUCCCGCCGCCUAUCCACGUCCGACGAGCGGCUUUAUCUUCUGAACUUGUCUCCUUUAAACUUAGAGAUCUCAUCAUGGCUGUUCAGAAUGUUAAUCCUCAUAGUUGUAUUCAACAUUUUCUCUCCAAGUAUUUUUCUAAUGUUCAGGAAGCAGCUAUGGAAGCAGACAGUGUUCCAUCCAAACCUGAUAGUGUGAGUGAGAGAGACCUUUGUAUACUGUGCCUGGAUGCUCUUUAUCAUCACAUUAGUCUUUUCAAUACAAAGACAUAUGAAGAUGACCACUCCAUAGUUAAAUUAAUUAAUAUUGGUGCUUUACCUAUAUUAGCCGAAGCAAUGCUCAGAAACCGUGAUGACCCAGAUUUUGAUUUGGCCGCACUCAAGGUUCUGACUGUUAUGAGUGUACAUUGUAAUUUACUCACAGACUUCUUCCAGAAUGGGCUCAUUAGGGAGCUUUCAAGACUUGUAAGAUCAAAAGAUAUUCGCUUGUCAAGUUCAGCUGCAGUAUGUCUUGCAAAUUUGUCAGGAGAAUACUGUUACAGACCUGGUUUAUAUCUACUACAUCCACUAUAUAGAACUACUUCACCUACUACCUGUGACACAUUAUUGGUACAUGGACUACGAGGUGGUGUGUUUGUCACAUGGAGGCAACGAGACAAGAAAUGUGCUGAGCCUAUAGGACUGAUAGAAGUAACUGUAUCAGAUAUUGAUAUUGAAACCGCAUGUGAACCACAAUUUGAUCCAUCAUGUGUCCAAGAAAAAACGGGAACAGAGUACCUUGAUCCGGAAGUCCAACAAGUAAUGGAAGAUUACAUAGAAAUAGAGAAUGAAGCAUUGCUAUCAGAUUUAGAGGUUGUUCUUCAUGACCUUCCUAUUGAAGCAUUGAGAGAACCAACAUCUACUAAUACUUUUACAGCUAAUCAGAAGCGUAUUGCACUCAUCCAAGAAGAAGAAGACAAAUGUAACUACACUUUGUGCUGGCCAAAAGACUGGUUACCAAAAGAUAUAAGUAAUUUAAGAAUACUUGGUGUGAAUUAUUGGAGCUCACUUUCAGAAUGGCUUGAAAGAUGUCCACUGCAAACAGCUGACAUUGCCACUAGAGCUUCAGAUAUGGUGCCGGCUCUCAUUGAUGCACGUGUUGGAGGCAAGGAGACUCCAGUCGUUUGGUUAGCACAUUCUAUGGGCGGGCUCAUUGUUAAGCAAGUGCUUGUUGAAGCCUCUCAGAGUGACCAACAACCAUUUAAAAAAAUAGCUGAAAAUACUAAGGCUGUGUUAUUCUUUAGCACACCUCAUAAAGGCAGUUCUAUGGCCACCAUGCCACGAGCUGCCGCUGCAGUCCUAUGGCCCUCUAACGACGUGAGGCAGCUACAGGAAAACUCGCCAACUUUAUUAAAUUUACACAAAGCAUUCAUACAGUUUGCGGAUGCUUAUGCAUGGGAAACAAUAAGUUUUGUGGAAACCAUGCCAACAUUAGUGACUGCGUUUAAAGUUCCUGUUCAUUUUGUUGAAACAUUUUCAGCAGACUUAGGUCGUGGAGAAUUUUAUCAAUUACCUUUAGAUCAUUUAUCAAUAUGCAAGCCAGGAACCAGACAAUCAAUUCUGUAUACAACCGUUUUAGAUGUCUUGCAAAGAAAUUCUUUAAAACAAGUACAAUUGCCAUACUCUAAUUCAUUUGUUCACUGGUUUAUUGAGUUUCUAUGGUCAUUUUUAAGAAGCAAAGCAAAGAAAGUUAUGGAUACUAUAGAUGAAAAUCAAACGAAUGAAGGUUUACGUUGGACUGAAAGAAUAUUGUUGAAUACAUUCACAGAUGACUUCACUGAUUGAAUUAUUUGUAGAUGCAAUGUUUUAUUUAUUGUAACUUAAGAACCGUUCCUAAUUAUUAGUAGAUUUUAUGUAUAGAUUUGUUUGGAGUUCUGUUUACUUUUACAAUUGUUAUUUAAAAUUUUCUAAGACCAUGUUAUAUUGAAUUGUCAAUGUCUUUUUUAGUGUAUGAGGAUCAGUGAAUUACUUUGUAACUUCUUUAUCAUAAAAGCUGUUUUACUGGGUGAGACUAUCAACUAGGGUUCCUAUUGUAGGCUGUCAGUAUUCAAUGCAUAACAAGCAUAGUUAAUUAAAAGCAUGUUUGGCAAUCUUAUUGUGUUGUUCUCCAAUAACUAAUACUGUAACAGAAAGCGAACAUGUAAGUAACAAAAAAAGUGUACAUAAUUAUAAGUAGUUGUUUUUAUUCACCUUUUGUCAGGUGGAUUUUGUAAAAUUAUUAAAAAAAUAUCGUUUUGAAUUUGAUGCCAAAAUGCAAUAUUUAAAUAAAAGUAUUAUCUUUUAAUCCUUUUUGUGUCUUUUGAGGUUUCUUUGGUAUGCCCUGUAUAAGCUGUACAUAAUAUAACUUACUGACUGAUCACUAAGUAUUAUAAACUUCAGUAGUCCAGCACACAAAAAUAACAAAUGUGACUAAGUGAAGGUUACCUAUUCUACUUCUCACUUUAAUUUCAUACCAAGGUAUUUAAGCUGCUUAGCCCAAUAUUAGGGCAACAAAAAAAUCCUUGGUUCAGUAUGAUUAAUCAAAAACGUUUGAUAUUCUUCAGAUAUAAUUACAAAUUAGUUUUUAGAUUGGUAUGGUAAUUGUAGUAAUGCUUGAAAGCAGUAAAAUUUGUAUACAGCUACUGCUGGAAAAAUAAUUCAUCCAUGCCGCAUUUAUUUUUAUCCUCGAAAUUUUGUUAUAGCGCCAUCUAUA